AUGGCAAUAAGAGCACCCGAACUUUUCUGUCUUCCACCAGGUAUUGGUUCAAGAUGUCCCACAGAUAACAGCUCUGAGAUAAUCUAUCUUCUCAAGUCUAUGCUCAGUCCGUUUGUGUUCUCAUCUGUGGUUGUGCUUGUCUUCAUCAUUUGUCUAUUUUUGCAUUCUAAAUCAAGGAUUUUCAGCACCAAAGCUGAGAGAAAGAUUCGAGUCUAUAUGACAGCUGCAUGUGGAGUCACUCUUGUUAAAUCAGCAUAUCUCUUGGUAUUACUUGUAAAUAACGCUUUUUUUCCUGAAUCAGCUGCAAAUGUGAUAAGCAGUACUUGUCUAUUGAUAAUUGCAAUUGAUAUAAUUCUACUCGCUCUAGCAGCUAAUUAUGCUGUAUUCAAUACAACCAAAGAUGAGUACUUUGCAUCUGGUAUUGUUAUUGCUUUCAUAACCUGUAUGGCUGUCUUUGCUUCUAUUAGAAGCCAUACUAAUAUUGGCUUGGCUCUUUGGGAUUUCAUAAUAGGAUUUUUAUUGUUGUGUGUUUCCACCUUUGUGGGUAUCAUAGCAUAUCUGAAGAGUAUUGUAACCGUUAGGAAUUAA